CGCGUACACAUCGUUCCGUCGCGAGUUUUUAUUUUAAAGCAUUUUGUGGCUUUAAAAAGUGAUCGCGACCCGAAGAAGUGUGUUUUUUCGAUCGGCACCAGACGGCAGCGUUUGUUGGUGAGAUUUUUAGGUUGAAUAAAGCCGAAAUAAUUGUGAUUAGAAGCAAUCGAAAACCGUCGGAAAAUUGAAUUGAUUGCAGUGGCUUGCACGUAUCGAUUUUGUUUCAUGCGGCCGGGUGGCGCUCCGAAAGAGGGCUUCGCAUAUUAAUUCAGCACCGACACAGAGGAAAACCGGUGUUUUGCGAUAGUGGUGGUGCGUGGAAGAAACUGACAGCUAGCUAAAAGUGCGUUGUUUUGGAAUUGCUGGACUUCGUGAAUUAGUAAAUUUUGCUUAAAACCAGUGAUAAUGGAUAUGUCAGGUCCUCCUAGGGGUGGCUACCGCGGACGCGGUGGCUUCGGGGAACGAGGACGUGGGGGUUUCGGAGACCGAGGCAGGUCAUCGCCCUUCUAUGGAAGCCGCGGCGGUGGACGCGGUGGUCCGUCAAUGGGCCGCAUGGGUAUGGGAGGUGGUCCUCCGAUGAUGCGCGGCCGUGGUCUGAUGCGUGGGGGUCCACCUCGUGGUAUGGGAGGACCACCACGCGGUGGCCCUCCGAUGUCACGCGGCGGACCGUAUGGCGGACGACCUCCGCUAGGAUCGAGCAGUUAUGGUUCGUCGGUACCCCGCAGCAGCAGCAGUUAUCCUUCCUCGGUUUCCAACGGAUCCGGCCCGCCGCCGUCUUCUACGACCGAAAACGGCGGAGAUUUGAAAUCAGCUGAUACCACAACGGCAAAGACCGUUGCUGCAACCAGUGGCAGUACGCCUACAUCGACGUCCAAUUCGACUGCUCCUUCUUCAGCACAGAAAUCGAGCGUUCCACCAUCGUCUCAGACUGCUAGCUCGGAGUCCGGUCGAGCAACGCCACCACAACCGAUCAAAACAGCAGACUCGAGCAGUCUUUCACAUCCCCGCGAGUCGCAAGAAACGUCAUAUCAUUCGAGUGGUAGUUCUUAUCAUUCAUCACGUGGUAUGGGCGGUUAUCGUGGUCGUAGUAGUUAUCCUCCGCGUGGCAUGGGACGUGGUCGUGGUGGGUAUGGUGGAGGCUAUGAUGGUCCUCGUCCAUUCCGUGGAGGCUAUGAAGGCGGUCGGGGCCGUGGUCGUGGCGGUGGAUACGGUGGAGGUCCAGGAGGUUACGGCCAGCCAAGUUAUAACAGCGGAUAUAACAGUGGACCUCCUCCGCCACCUCCAUCGUACGGUCAAAUGUCAGGCUAUGGACAGCAAGGCUACAGUCAAGGUCCUCCGCGACAACAGUUUGACACGCGACAGCCAUCCAAUACAACUACAGUGACACCCAUCAAACGUGGUGGAAUGCCGGGCGGUCCUCCAGGACCUAAACGAGGCCGUUACGAUUCCGGUCCCCCGAGCAGAUCUCUACCACCGAAGAGUAUGCCACCGCAUCACGGUGCCCCUGCGCCGGUUUCAUCGUACAGCGCUCAGCCUGCGAUGGCAACUCAUGGAAGUUAUCCUGAACAUACCCACCCGCCAGCCAGUAUGGAUCAUUAUGGAACGCAUGGUGCCGCCAGCAGUACCGGCUAUGGAGCGACCGCUGCCACCCAAGGUAGCUACGCUGCUAAUGGCUAUGGUCAAACCACGUACGCGACAACAGCGGUACCGUCAACCGCAUAUGCAACCGGAACGGAGUACGAUGCGAGUCAUUACGACUAUAGUUCCGGCACGUACGACACACGGUAUCAGACCAGCUAUUCUACCGACUACAGCCAAUCGUACGGUACCACGACCGAUUACAGCGCUGUGUCGACGGAAACCUAUCCUAGCACACAGUACGAUGACCGGUCAGCCUACACGGGAUACGACACGCAAGCCUACUCGCAAGGCUAUGCAAAGACCGAUCAGUACGCUCAAGGUGGUUAUUACUAAGCAAACAAAAAGUAAGCAACCACAGCAAAAACAGAGAUAAAUAUGUGUGUGAUUGUAUGCAAAAGCGAUUGAUAAAACUAAGCAACAAAACAAACAGAUAAGCUGCAAAGCAUCUCAUCCAUGAGAAUACUAUACUAACCAUACUAUGCCCAAGUAAAUAGUACUGGAAACUUGACGCAGAAUAGUCGCACGCGAAUGCGACCUACCGACAUACUGAAAUAUCAUUGAUUAAUGGCGAAUAUCCGAUUAAAUUGAAGAAAUGCACACACUACUAAGGGUGAACAACCGUAUCAUAAAACACACGGCAUCGGAAGAGCAAAUCAAUGAGAAAAACGAAACAAAAAAGUAAAGCAAAAAGAUGGUGUGAGAAAACAUAAGUCUAUGGAUAACUUAAACGAUUCGUGGUCCAGCCUAGGAAUGGAUUGCUUGUCUUAAUUUUACAUAAAUUAACUUCUACUGCAGUAUGAUUCGAGAGUUACAUUUUAAUCCAAUUUCUUGGCAGUUGUAUAAUAACUUUACUAGCGGUAACAUUUAGUACGCAGAAUGUAGAAUUAUGCAUCAAAUCAAUACCUUGAAUAAAGUGUUUAGGAAACAAAACAAAACAAAAAAAACGGUGUCCAUCAUCAAUGCAUGGUAGAAGAUUACAAAACAAUAUCCGUAGCAUCUUACUCUCUCAAAGCACAGAAAUAAAUUAUA